GAUUUGCAGCGUCUAUUCUGUUAUACCUCAUUCUUCAAAGCCUCCCGACAUCUGUAAAUGAUGUGGACGGGUAUUCUGAAGUUGCUCCAAUCGCGUAGCUGAUUUCACCAAUUUUCAGGGAGGCAUGACAAAAAGAGCGAUGGAACGAAGUCAUCUCUCUGUUUUCUUUUUAAAACUGGCCAGGAAACGUUUAGCACGUCGGAGGCGCUUGUUCGCCCGGAUUCUAUUACCUCUGCUGCUGCUUUUCGCCGGGCUAUUGUAUUAUAACAGUUCUCCCUCUGAAAAAAGUUGCCUAAAAAAUCCAAGUUAUUACUAUUUUGAAUAUUACCCCAGUCUUCAAAACACCUCUGGUAUCAAUGAAAAUUCUGGUUCUCUACCUGAAAUUCAAUGCAAGCCUCACAGACCGGAUAAAAAUGCCACAGAGAAAAUCGUGGAACACUAUGGACCGCCAGGGCGUAUCGAGAACUGCCAGUGUGACGGCCCUCGUUAUCAAGACAUCUGCUCAUUUAACACAACGAAGUUUGGAGAAGAGCUGCUGUCAUGUGACGUCAAGGUUUGUGGCUGGUCAGCGGUAAAGAUAGCGUCUGUUGAUCCAGAAACAGGAAAAGCUGUCGACAACUGGAAAACUUUGCCAAAGGAAACAAUUACUGCUUUAGUGCGAGAGGCCGUGAAAAUAAACCUAGAAAGAGGAUUAAGUUUCCUGUUCCUGAAAUGUGGGAGUAUUUUUCAAGUGCUGAGUUUUCCUCCCGUCUUCAAGAAAGAUGAAAUUGGUGAAAACAUCGGUCAUAUUAAUGUAAAUAUAAUUGUGCUAGACUCUAUUUCAAGACCACACUUCUAUCGAACUCUUCCUAGAGCUUCACAGGCUCUACGCAAGAUAAACCAGGAUUCUAGCAUCAAAGCUACAGCCUUGGACUUUGAACUUGUUCAGAGCAUCGGCCAACAGACGUUUGAAAACUUGAGACCAUUUUUCUGUGGUGUCCUUAAAGAUGACAAUGAGGUCAAUGCCUCCGGAGAGAAUACAAAGGCUCCCCUGGGCGUAGAGGUGUUGUUUGGGGCCUUCAAAAAGUGGGGCUACCAGACGUUCUUUCAAGAAGACCUUUGUUGGUACGAUAUUUGGGGCUGUAUGUUAUCAGAUAUUGAAAAAAGAGCACGUCCUGAACAAGACUCUGAAUUCAAAGAAAGGUGGAGAGAAUUUCAACAAAAAGUGAUUGAAAAACGUGUCGAUCAUCAAGGUAUCACACAUUUUUCCUGCACCGCCCUAGACAGAAUUGGCUUGACUAAUCAUUACGGUUAUCGUGAGAAACUUUGCAUCAAUGGGAUGUUUUACGCCACUGUGUCAUACAUGCAUUUCAACACUGGGCACGAAACGACUGGGAAACGAAUGAUCAACAUGGACGCCAUUAUGGCGAAGUUCAUUUCAGAUAUUGCUUCGUUUACCAACACCCUGACAGUGAUCUUCUCCGACCAUGGCCACACAAUGACUCCGUUUAGCUAUACUGAAGAAGGAAGGAGAGAGUUAUUUGACCCAAUGUUCUUCAUGAUCGUUCCUGAUGGCGUCAAGGAGAAAGUGGGGGCUGUAAGGAUGGGCGCCUUGAUAACGAACCAAAAGCGCCUCUUUAUGCUCUAUGACGUUCACAAAGCGUUCAUGAGUUUGAACGAUCCGCAGAAAAUAAAUUCCAAGGAUCAUAAAGUAACAGGAAUAUUUUCGGAGAUCCCUGCAAACCGCACAUGCGCAGACUUGUACAUGCUUCCCUUAACUAGAUGCAAGUGUGAGGGCUUUGACGAAGAAAUUCCAGUAAAAGAUAAUGCAGAUGACCACACGUGGUUGGCAGAAUUUGCUGUUGGGUAUAUAAAUGAUGCCAUACAAAAACAAUACAUGAGCGGAAACAGUGGCUCUCCUAAAAAAUAUGGCUACGGCAGCUGCAAGCGUUUGGUUGGAAAAUAAUUCCAAAAGAUUGUCAAGCGAUUUCGAGGGGAAUAUAUUUUGACGACUAUGGACAUUUACGUGGCUCCUCCUGCUGGAUAUACUGAGGACGAAGUGUAUAAAGUGUCUGUAAAACAGUAUGCCAUACCUCAACAUGGAGUAUUUUUCCUCAGUUCUGUACGGCAAACGUUGUAUAACAAAUUUGCCUCAUGUGCAGAUGAUUCAGUGGAUAUCAAGCUCUGUGCAUGCGCGAAGAAGCAGGCCGCUGACAUCAUCGACGAAGAAGCGUUGUUUGACGAUGGUGUUCCGCGAAAAAUGUUUGGUUCGGGCACAGUUGUCACGAACUUAAACUCCAAAUGUCUUUUAUUCCUGCGACGGAAUUUUGGAACGUUUUCGUUUGCGUUAGAAGUAGCAAAUGUUUGUAAAACUCGGACUUAUAAAUUUAAACUAACAGGCACUAUGGAUCAAAGGCUAUUUUCUAAUACUGUGCCGAUAACUCGGGAGUUAUCCCCGAGAACGUUUUACUUUUUGACCUCUGUUUAUAAGUACAUCUCGAAAGUAAAUACAGCGUUAGAUUUGGCAGCAAAAGUACACAUACAGGAAGAGGGAUCAGACACGUUUAACUUUCUAGGGAACUUCACGGUCUCGUGACCGCUUUCG